CAGACUCACGGGGUCUCUGUCCGCCCUUCGGUCCUGCAGAGAAACCCCGCACGGGAUUCAACGCUCCCUACCCCCAUCUCGCUCCAUCCCCUCAGGGGCCAACCUCCUCCGGUCACGUGGAACUCUUGUACGUGGCGAUUGGCCAUAAGGCUCGGAGGCGGGGCGCAACACCCUGGGAGGUUCCGUGCCCCUUGUCGGGCAGCUUGUUUGGCUGCUGCCGUCACCUCAUGGCGACGCGGGUAGAGGAGGCAGCGCGGGGAAGAGGCGGCGGCGGCGCUGAGGAGGCGAUUGAGGCCGGACGGAGCGGACGGCGACGCAGCCCGCGGCAGAAGUUUGAAAUUGGCACAAUGGAAGAAGCUGGAAUUUGUGGGCUAGGGGUGAAAGCGGAUAUGUUGUGUAACUCUCAAUCAAAUGAUAUUCUUCAACAUCAAGACUCAAAUUGUGGCACAAGUAACAAGCAUUCCUUGGAAGAGGAUGAAGGCAGUGACUUUAUAACAAAGAACAGGAAUUUGGCGAGCACAGUGUACUGCACACAAGAGUCAAGAGAGGAAAUUCCUGGGCGAGAAGCUCGAAUGGACCCCCCUGAUGGUCGGCAAGAUGCAGAGUACAACAGUAACAAAGAGAAAACCUUAGGAAAAGAAGUUUUAUUACUGAUGCAGGCCCUAAACACCCUUUCAACCCCAGAGGAGAAACUGGCAGCUCUCUGUAAGAAAUAUGCUGAUCUCCUGGAAGAAAGCAGGAAUGUCCAGAAGCAAAUGAAGAUUCUACAGAAGAAGCAAGCCCAGAUCGUGAAAGAGAAAGUUCACUUGCAGAGUGAACACAGCAAGGCUAUCUUGGCAAGAAGCAAACUAGAGUCUCUUUGCAGGGAACUUCAGCGUCACAAUAAGACAUUAAAGGAGGAAAAUAUGCAGCAGGCACGAGAGGAAGAAGAACGUCGUAAAGAAGCAACUGCACAUUUCCAGAUUACUUUGAAUGAAAUCCAAGCCCAGCUGGAGCAACAUGACAUACACAAUGCCAAGCUCCGUCAGGAGAACAUCGAACUGGGAGAGAAGCUGAAGAAGCUCAUCGAACAGUACGCACUGAGGGAAGAGCAUAUUGAUAAAGUGUUCAAACACAAGGAACUGCAGCAACAGCUUGUGGAUGCCAAACUUCAGCAGACGACACAGCUGAUAAAGGAAGCUGACGAAAAGCAUCAGAGAGAAAGAGAGUUUUUACUAAAGGAAGCAACAGAAUCCAGGCACAAAUAUGAACAAAUGAAACAGCAAGAAGUCCAACUGAAACAGCAGCUUUCUCUUUAUAUGGAUAAGUUUGAAGAAUUCCAGACUACCAUGGCAAAAAGCAACGAACUGUUUACAACCUUCAGACAGGAAAUGGAAAAGAUGACAAAGAAAAUUAAAAAACUGGAAAAAGAAACAAUAAUAUGGCGUACCAAAUGGGAAAACAAUAAUAAAGCACUUCUGCAGAUGGCUGAAGAGGUGAGAUGGUUUCCUGCGACUAAGAAAACAGUCCGUGAUAAAGAGUACAAGGCCUUUCAAAUAAAACUGGAACGGUUAGAGAAGCUGUGCAGGGCUCUUCAAACAGAAAGGAAUGAACUCAACGAGAAGGUCGAAGUCCUGAAAGAGCAGGUCUCCGUUAAAGCGACAGAAGGGGAUUUAGCAACACCUGGGAUGCGGCCAUGCCCUGCCCUGGAUCCUCACAAGGAGCGGAACGCUUCCUGGAAAAGGGCCCCCGGGGUGCACCUGGCAGCCGAGCCCAAGGCAGUGAGUGAGAAGCCAAAGGCCCCGUGCACCGGCUCUGCUCCAGGCAUCGAGUCAGUUGACUAAGAUGAGGUGUGAUCACUGUAUUGAGAGAUAUAUUUUGUGUAUAACUUUCUCUGUUAGUAGUAACUAUUGGUUUCGUGGUGAAAAUUUUCUUACUUUUUCUACCAUAUCUGUAUUUUCUUAGAACUACUGGACUUAUGUGGUACAGGAGGCUGCUUAGCAGUUCUGAAUAGUUUUGAUCUAUGAAUUCUCCUCAGCUGUGUUGCACAUCUGCCUCACUGCCCCUUCAUCAGAAUGCAUGUGUUCAUUGCUUCGUCCUUUUUCUUCCCUACUCCUUGCACAUAAUUAUCCUAAUUAAAAUUUCACUCAAGACAGGGCCAUUACAAGGGAACUUUGUUCUGACAAUGGUUCUUUGAUGUGAAAACAUUAAUUUAAAUGUCUUGGUCCCCCAUUAAUAUUAUUCAAGAAAAGAAAAUAGCCCAUUUAAAUGCCAAGUAAAAAUAAAACUAGUAUUGGGUCAAGCAUAGCAUAUUUGAUUCAAAUUAGAUGGCCACAGCCUCUAGAAUCCCCCUUAAGUUUUGGCAGAACAUGUACGUAAAGAUGUCACCUGUGAACAAAGUAGCGUAUACAAGCAAAUCACUGUCUAUGUGACUAUAAGUAGUUAUUCUCCUUUGGUUUCAGGUUAGAACCCAUGUGUGUACUCCCAGCUACUGGGGGCUCACUGCAUGGGGUGGUGGUUUAUGUUUGAUUCCCAUUUGAGAUUUGGGUACAUAUUCACUACUUCCCACAGAAAGCUACAUCUUUUUGAAAACUGCCAUUGAUGUUUGUAGUCAAGUCCCUUGUGUAAGACAAUGUGGGUGAAUUUUUGUCACUUUCAUCACGCCAAAGUUCCUCCAUUAGUUCCUGGCUACUUGAAAGUUGUUAAAGAGUCCCACCAGUGAAGUCCUCCAGGGUUUUAAAAGGGAGUUUUAAUUUCAUGGAUCAAGACAGAAAACACUGGAACCAACAGUUUUACUUGGGGAAAUCCUGGCAGGAGUGUUAGGUAGUGAGGGUCUAUUUUUUUUUUAAGAGGCAGUCUCACUUUGUCACUCUCGGUAGAGUAUUGUGGCAUCACAGUUCACAGCAACAUCCCGCUCUUGGGCUUAGGCGAUUCUCUUGCCUCAGCCUCCCGAGUAGCUGGGACUACAGGCGCCCGCCACAAUGCCCAGCUAUUUUUUUGUUGCAGUUUGGCCGGGGCUGGGUUUGAACCCACCACCCUUGGUAUAUGGGACCGGCGUCCUACUCACUGAGCCACAGGCGCCACCCUCAGGAUCUAUUUCUAAUGCUGUUUCUCACCCCCUUCUUGGUUACUGUCUUUUUUUAAAAACCCACCAAUUUUAUUAAAGUCUCUACACUUGAAAUGGGGGAAAUUCUGAUAUUAAAUUAGUUCUUGACUUUAGUUUUUUCAGUGAUUAAUGUGGCUCAGUUAUGCAAAUGAUUAAUCAGGCUGCACUGGUAAAAACUUUUGACUUUGUCCCUCGUAGUUUGCAUUGAAAAGCUUUAUGAAAUAAAAAGGUUCUACUAGAACUGAUGUUAGCACAUUCCACUGAGCAAAACUAUCAAACUGACACUUGUUAAAUUGCUUACUGGACUGAAUAAACUCUGGUUUGUCCAGUUAAAAGGGUAUUCUCUUAUUUGUAAAGUCCUGUCACAUUCAUGGUUCUAAACUGGGUUGAAACAAUUGAAAUUUGUCCAAUAGAGCGCCUGGAGUGGAGGAUUAUAUGUAAGCUUCCACCAUCGGUCAUUUUAAUCAAGGGGCCAGACAGCAGAGGUAAAGAAGUCCACAGAAUAGUUUAUCGAAUUACUCUGUCAAAAUGAGUCCAAAGCAAAAACAGCACCCUCCCGACAGUCUUUUAUAAAUAUCCCCUUCGGCUACUAAAUGAAAUACUGGACUCAUUUCCCCAGGGGAGGUGGGGAGUGAAAGUAUAUAUCAAAUAUAAUCUACUUUAAAAUUAGUACUAAGGAUCACAUUUCAUGAGACUCUGGAGUAUAGCUCUUUAACAUUUUAUUAAGCCAUUUGUGUAGCCCACCACUUUUCUUUGUGGUGUUUGUUCUGUGUGGAAGAUUGUAAAUCUUGGACCUGUUGCAUAUUUUCAAGGGCUUUUAUAAAGCAAUGUGAUUAACAGUACUUGGCCUGCUGCUUUUGGCUUACUAUGUAUUUCUGCUAGAUGCUAUCACAUUUAGAGGAUGUAGAUUCUGUCUGGGAUGCAUUUAGUGUCCUUUCAGAAUCUUUCCUUCCAUUACCCUGUGAAUAAAAACAAACGGGACCCCUGGAGGACACCCUAAAGCUAGCCCCUCACCAACCCAGUGUUGUGGCUUUGUAGCACACCCUGUAUUUACCAUAUUCUAGAACACUGUAAGGCUACUAGGCUGGCCCAGAAAAGGUUUAAAUGUCAAAUUCACUUAAAUUGCAUUUGUUUGCACCAUCAUGGAAUCUUUGUGUAUUAUUUAUGGUUGCAGUAGAUUACAAGAUACAGACAAAACUUGGGUCUUAGAUAAUAGCCCAUUUCAUCCUCGGACUUGUAGGAGUACACUUCUUGGUUUUGAGACCAGUACACUUCUUGGUUUUGAGACCAGUAUUUUUCAGUUAUGUAUGCAACUGCCUUUAUUACACCUGGUUAUCACAAUUCAACUCUCAGGUGUUGCAGAAAAUCUACCUCUUUCAGACUGUAGAUGGAAAUAACUGUGAAAAAAUGAUGCAUAUAUCUUCUAGUUUGUGCUAAACACACUGCUUUAUUUUUACAACCCACGUCUUUCAUGAGGAUACGAAUUGUUAAGAGGCAGUCUUGUUUUGCUUUUCAAAGACAUUUUGUAGAGAUUUUUCACUAAUGUGAAUCUGAUUUUAUCUACUUGAUUCUGUAUAGAUAAGUAAAUAUGUAUGAUAAAUUUAA